AGUGUCGUAGCAUGAGGGAGGGAGGGAGAGAGAGAGAGAGAGAGAGAGAGAGAGAGAGAGAGAGAGAGAGAGAGAGAGAGAGAGAGAGAGAGAGAGAGAGAAAGAGCGAGAGAGAGAUAGAGAGAGAGAUAGAGAGAGAGAGAGAGAGAGAGAGAGAGAGAGAGAGAGAGAGAGAGAGAGAGAGAGAGAAAGAGAGAGAGAGAGAUAGAGAGAGAGAGAGAGAGAGAGAGAGAGAGAGAGAGAGAGAGAGAGAGAGAGAGAGAGAGAGAGAGAGAGCCCCUUGAACUCCUUCCUCUCCCACAGGCUUCGAUUACCAUGGUCGUUCUUAGUGUGCCCUAUGCUGAGGAUCUCGUUUCACGAUGGUCUAUCGUUUCAAGCAGCUCGUAGGUGACUAGUCUUGUUCACCCAUGUCAUUCUUAUCUGC